GGACGUCGACCGCAGCGCCCCUUCACGACAGCGGCCGCCCCGACAGCGAGCAAGCAGCGGCAGCGCCUCUGCGCGACUGUUCCGCGCACGCAGCGGCGGCUUCGCUCGCCUGGCGCGCCCCGGCCCACGGGAAAGAGCCAAACUCGCGCGCAUCCCCCCGCCGCGUGCGUGUGUCGAUGCUCGCGAGGAGCCGCCUCCUCGGAGUCCGGACCCGCGCGCGCCGACGCCUCCUCCGCUGCUCCGCGUCCGUCCCGCGCGGCGACGGCUGCUGCUGGUGGCCCAUUACGGCACGAAGAAGGGCGAGAGUGCUUCGUUUCGCUGUUGCUUCAGUCCACCCGUGCCCGUGCGACGUGUGUGAGCGGUUCGCGUGACGUGCGGAGAGCUCCCGCUUGCGUGUGUGUCCGCCGCACCGCCUCGCUGCGCUGUGCUCGACCCGUUCGCUCUAUGUGCUUGCCGCCUCGGCCCAUCACCUCUGUCCAGUGCACCGUCCGGCCAAUGCCGGCGUCGCAUCACUAGGAUAUUCGGACGAUCCACACUUCAGACAAACUCUGGUGUGGUGGCCACUUAUUAUUGUUUCUUUUUUCUCUGGUUCGGAAGUUUCCGCACCCUACUUUUUCUUUUACUGUUCUUCUUUGAGCGGAGCAACAGUUUCUUGGUUUUUAUAUAUAUAUAUAGGCUCAGGAAUAAACAUGUCGCACAUUCGACAUUUUCUCAGUGGAAUACCGUUAAGGAAGUGAGAUAACGUACAGCCACACAAGCUAAAGUGAGAGCAAGUCGGCGGAGAUCUAGCGCAUCGUCUCGUCACUCCGCAGCACACUGGGGCCAAAUGAAGCGUGCUCGCAACCUGGAAACCUGGCCUUACUGACUGCAUAGCGGAACGGGGUUAAGCAUCGUCUUGCGUACUCGAGACAGUGAGCCCGAGGGACUUCUUCAUCGAACACGUCUCGUCAACCGUCGUGGAUUUCGCAUUCAAGAGACCAGGAAUUUUAACCAUAGACCGCACAGUGAAUGUGAGGUGCCCUUGCACUAUAAAAAUAAUAAGCAGUCGGGAGACGCAAGGAGUGCGCGCACACUGGUCGCCCGGCGACCUCGAUUCACCUCGCGUGAGUGUGACCAUCCCUACGCUAAAGGAGUGAGCGUUGCUGUGUCGUGUGUGGGUGAUCCUUUGGCGCGUCGUCGCUGGAUGCGUUGCAAGCCGUCUUGCCAGCAUCGCGAACAUGCCGGGCUUCGCUGCAGCGACGCACUGGCGGUUGCAUCUUGGCUGGCUCGUCGGCUGCUGCCUCUGGAUUUCGCGGCCUGCACGGGCCGGUGAGUACCCCGAGAGGAGCGCGCUAGUGGGCGGCUCGGCGUCACUACCCUGCAACAUCACGCCUCCGACGCUGGACGAUGCCGUGGCGCUGGUGCUGUGGUACCGCGGGGACUCCGGCACACCCAUCUUCAGCCUGGACGCGCGCAAUUCCCCGCCGGAUGCCGAGCGCACGUUCGUGGACGACUCGCUCGGCUCGCGCGCUUUCUUCAACCGGUCGGGCGCCAUGGCCACGCUGCAGCUGCAGCCCGUCAGGGACGUCGACGACGGCGAGUACCGCUGCCGCGUCGACUACAAGCGCUCGCGCACCCAGAACAGGAUCGUGCGCCUCAACGUUGUCGUGCCUCCGACGGAAGUUCUGAUAACGAAUAGGACGGGGGAGCCGUUGCGGAACCGUCCAAUUAUCGGGCCCUUCAAUGAAGGCUCCUCCCUGACGCUUGUCUGCAAGGCACUCGGAGGUCGGCCUCCACCGCACGUUACUUGGUGGCUUGGCGGCGAGAUGGUGGAUGACUCGUACUCGCCAUCGGGAGAAGGCGUAAUGCGCAAUGACCUCGUCAUUGGCAAACUGCAGCGCUCUGACCUGAUGGCCACGUACCGCUGCCAGGCCUCCAACAACAACCAGACCGUGCCUGUGUCCACGUCGGUGUCACUGGACCUGAACCUGCGUCCUCUGGAGGUGGACAUCGUGACGGCGCAGCCCGUGCUCCUGGACGGCCAGGUGAUUGACGUGGAAUGCCAGGCUCGCGGCGCCCAGCCCAAGGCCGCCAUACAGUGGUUCCUGGACGACGUCCCGCUGAACGGCUCCACGCUGGCCACGGAUGCCACUCGCACAACGAGCGUGCUUCACCUCGAAGCGCACGCCGACAUGAAUGGCAAGAGGCUCGCCUGCCGCGGCUUCAACCCGCACCUGCCCGACAGCGAGCUCUUCGACUACUGGGUCCUGGACGUGCACUUCAAGCCGGUGCUGCAGCUGAACCUGGUGUCGCUCGACGCCAGCAAGCAGAUCAGCGAAGGGAGCAGCGUUUACUUCGACUGCAACGUGCAGGCGAACCCGCCGGUCAAGCAGGUCGGCUGGCUCCACGAAGGGGCCCAACUAGAACCCAGUCCCGGAAUACGCAUCGAAAACGUGCGCCUGGUCAUCGACCGACUGCAGAGGCACCAGGCGGGCCACUACCAGUGCGCGGCCACCAACGAGCUCGGUCACGGCGUCUCCGAGAAGGUCUUCCUCAUGGUCUACUACCCUCCCAAGUGCCGCGAGAAGCAGAAGACGGUCUACCAUGUGGCACGGCACGAGAUCACUAAGGUCACGUGCGACGUCGAAGCUGACCCUCCUGACGUGCGGUUCACGUGGCGCUUUAACAGCAGCCUCGAAAGCCUCGACAUCGUCGCCUUCAACCAGUCGGGCCCGCGCAGCAGCUCGGCCUUCUACACGCCUCGUCGCAAGGCCGACUACGGCGCCCUGCUUUGCAUCGCUUCCAACUCGCUCGGCCAGGGCUCUACACCGUGUGUCUUCAACAUUGUACCAGCCGGGCUCCUGCCAGGCGAGGCGGCGAUGGUGUCGGCGUCGAGUCCACUGCUGGGAAUCUUGAUCGGCGUCGUUGCUCUUCUCGUCCUCAUCGCCAUCGUCAUCAUCGUCAUCAUGAAAGUAAAAACUGGAAAAAGGAAAGCAGCUGCCAAAAGAAGGAACGAAGAUGACAAGUCGCACACCCCCCUAAAGAAGGAGAUUGCAGACAUUACGGAAGUUGAAGACAAAUGCCCGGACAUUAUUCCACCGAGAAAUCUUGGGAUUGUUUCAGGUUCGGACUACUCAGAUAUUGAAAUGAAGUACGUGGAAACGCAUAUCACGGACCGAGUUCCGUCUUACGAAAAUGGAGCUGAGAAGAAAUAUCCAGAGAGUUUCACACCCACGUUAUCUGCCAACUGCUAUAUGUCAAAGCAGCGCGCGGAAGAUCUGACUUACGCUGAGCUGAGCCUGCCCCCGAGCACGCAGUCCACAUUCAGCCGGUCGCUGUCGCGGUCGGGCUGCCGCGCCGUGGUUGGCUCGCCCCCGCUGACGGGUCCUCCCGAUCCACCCACGGAGUACGCGGACAUCGACUUCGUGGCAACCCGGGCCCACGGCGAAGCCCGAUGCAGGGCGUCCCAAGGGGAAGCCAGCCAACGGUUAAAGCCCAUCACCACCAGCACCGCCACGCCUAUCGUGAGUGCCGUGUGUUCGCGGGUGUGCGUGACGCCGCCGCUGCUGCCUGCGUGGAAGCCGCCAUCCUCCAGACUCUCCAUCUCCUCGCUGGCCAUCACCCCGCCGCGGUCGGACACCGGCUCGUCCUCGGUGCCUAGCUGGACGCUAUCAGAGGCCGGCGGUACAUUGCCCCUCUGCUAAAGGCGCGAAGGCAUUCUUCGGAGAGUCUCGCCACCGUGCGCGUACGCACUCGUCCCAUCCGUGUGUGCGUGUGUAGGAAGUUUCCGUGCUCUCAGCGGGCUCUGAAGCAAGGGAGGCCCCAAAGCUUACAACUGCACGAGACUUCACUGGGGUGGCGGCUGUGGUUACGCCGCGUAACCGCAAGCACAGAACCCUGCUUUGCCAUGCUUCUGAUGUGUGUGCAGACGCAAAGUGCGGUACCUGUAGAGAUGGUGCGGUAAAUGUGGUGCGGUAAAUAUCGCAGUAGCGUAACUCCGCCUGCACGGGCCCAAAUCGUUUUUUUUUUUGCCUUUGUCUCUGUCUCUCUCUAUCUCUGUGGUUCAAAAGUGUAGGCAAGUGUGUAAGGCCACGAGAGUUCUCGCACUCGUGCAAAACAUUUCCUGCGACGCCCUUGAGCCGUAGAGCGGUGACAGGAAUUGUUGAUUCAAGUCUUUGGUGCCGUAGGCCUGGUCGCGCGUUGUUUCGAAGCUACGCCACUUAAUCAUGGGGUGCUCUUCGGCUUGGACGAAUCACAUUUAAUAAGAAAAAAGUCUCCCGCUUUUGUCACCGAGAUUUUGUACAGAAAGCGAAAAGGGGCCCUAACGGGCCUGACCGCUAUCUCAAUGAUGUUUGCUAGUAUACAGAAGCAGGAAAAGCCGAUGGUGAUGCAGUACAUCGCUGACGUAGGCGAUGUUGUUAACGAGUUCUUUGUUCGACCAGUCAAAGGAGAAUUGUCGGUCUCCCUGGUCUCCUGCCAGAGUGAGCUGAUCAACCGUCGCACCUGUCUUCGCUCAAUAGCACGGCUGUCUAUUGGGUCUGGAGUUAAUCUGGUGGUUUUUUUUUUUUUUUUUUUGCCGACAUGCUGUGGUUACUGUGUGUGUGUGAAUUUCGCCAUCCCCGACUGCACAAAACCACACGCAAAUUAAAUAUAACUUGUUGACAUGUGUCAUGGUUAUGGACAUUCUCGGUGUACGAUACUUCGUGCAGUGCGUUAUCGGGCUGUGCGCACAAAAACGUGCUUGCUCUUCAGGCCUAGGUAUGUUAUGAAAAUGUGCGUUUUUAGAAUGUUGAUGUACAUAGCACUGCCCCGUCCCUUCUUAACAGUACAUAGCGGAUGUGUUGACUGAAGGAACAAACUAGUUUACCAUAUUAAACGCCCAUUAUGUGGCCGUACUUUUUUUUUUUUUUUUUCUCUCUAGGAUUUGUGAACGCUUUAUGCUCUGCCAUACGACACGUAUGUCCGAGGGCUUAUAGCGCUCUGGGUCCCAACAAUCGUUUUUGACCAUAUUUCUGGAGGUAAUUCUUAUUUUUAGAAUUUCCCACGUGUCCCCAGCACACGAAGAGUACUAAGUAAACCAAGUGGAACGAGUCUUUUCUUUUUCUCUGAACUGUGUACGAAAAGCUAUCAGUCCAAUAACGAAAGAACGCCUGCUGUUUUUCUGACUUGCGGGAGUUCUGCGGCACGCCGCUUUCAAUUAGCACAGAGGUAUACGUGUCCCAUCGUUGUUGGGAGGUGUUUUAACUGCAAGCAGCGAAAUCUUUGCAGACGCGGUCGCCGUGGACCACACUCAACAGCUUUCGCAAAAUUCUGCAUAGGGCGCUUGCGCUUGACGUGGGUACUUAAGUUCGUCGAAAGGUCGGAGCUAACUUUGCUUACUAUGCGCAGCAGAGUACGAAGACGAUUGGUUAUCAGUACGACAAACGCUUGUCAGUUUUACGCCAUUAUGCAUAUGGUAACUUAGGCUAAGCAAAGACAACGUAAAGCGUGCAUGGAGACCGUUUGCCAACUGCGUAGAAAAUCGUUUUAUCGACAGCGCUUAUCAUUUAAACUUAGCUCUUGUCAACCCCUCGUUUAAUCUAAACCAAGAUAACACACUCAUUGCCAGGAAAACAAAUUUGGAAUACUACGAAAAAGCGAUCUAAGGGGCUUAAUUGCAGAGAGAGAUAAUAGGCCGUGCUUUCAGUGCGCUGAAUACUCUUCCAAUCAAGCUUCUCAUAAAAUUAUUCGUACAGAUAUCCAGCUUGUUUUAUACCUUGCUUACAAUGCAAUAUUGUUCAUCAGGUGCUUUUUCAAAGCUGACACUGCUCGUUAUUUGCUUCCUUCCGUCAAAUUGAAUACUUUGCAGUUAGUGCGAAUUGCAAAAAGAAAGAAUGUAGGUAAAAAUCUAGCUACCAAGUUGGACCCUAAAUUGGACUUUCUGCUGACCCCAGUGGCAUUUGUUUCACGUUAAAGGAGCUAUACCUGCCAUACAAUUACGAUCAUGUAGAAUCAAUGAUAAGCGGCAAUAGAAGCCACCGAAAACGUUCGUUUGUCUGAAGCUUUGUCUCCGGUUACCCUGCCCAACAUUUAUCAAACGCCUCUCAGUAUUUAAACACAGUUUAUCAGGUAUCUGCCUUCAUCUGCAAGUAACGUGCAUAAACGAGACGUUCUUACCAUGUUUCAUUCAAAGGUCUAGCACAAAUAUUUGGAACCGUGCCGAGCGCUGUGUAAGUGUUUGUGCUAAAUUCGUCGAAACGUGCUGUCUGAUUUCAUAACGUUUUUUUUUUCUUUUGGAAACGAUCCUUUCAAUUCGCUGAGAAAAUUGCCUGGGAUGGCGCAAUACGGCUACCUUCAUACUGCGCGAUCCAAGCGUUUACAUUCUCAAAAAAAAAAAAAAUGCCCUAGCCUCCUUUCAUUCACAUCUUUCUUUUCUUUUCAUCAGAAGUCUGGCAUUGUCAGAAUCAUUUCCCACUCAAUAACUGCAUUUUGAAAGCCUGGCAUAAAAAAAAAGAAUUGUGAGGCCAUCUCAGGAACUGAUUCACCAUGGUGCUUGCGAAAGCUCGGCAUAUUUCAGCUGGCUUGGUGUGCGCGCUGUUUAUUGCUGCUGCUCUUCUCUAACUUGUGAUCACUACAAUGUGCUUUUUCUUCUAUUUAAAUUGGUGCUGCAUUGCGUAAUAUACCCUUCAGAUUUAUGCGGCAGCACGCCUGCACCUAUGAUGUAGCAACACGACUGUGUGCCCGACGUUUAGGUUCCAAAUGCACUCAGGGUAAAAUGAAUAUUGCUUGGCUUAAUGUUUGUCCAAUGCAAAGCAACCUUGAAAUACUAGUACAAAGGAGGAAAACAACAGUUCAAUCUACCUUUUGAAUAAGCUUUCAAUAAACUCAUCAUAACGGUGUUCAACGUGUUGCUAUGACAUGUGCGGUAUUUCUGCACUUCUUAUUCACCAUCAAGGCGCUUGUCAAAAUUUCCGUUUUUUCAUGAGAACCAUAGUUCCUUCUGCAUGCUCUGUCAAAUUUUGUCGAAGCUGGAUGUCGAUGGCAGGAAAGCAAUUUCACCAUCAGCUCAAUUACCAUUUUUCUGCGAUUUACAGUUUGACAUGCAGACUAAUUAUCCUCCAUGCGUCGCAAUCACGCGCACCUGGAAUGAACUUAUAUUGCGCACAACCGAACAAAAAUGGCUCUGGACAUUGCGACACACAAUGCGCAGGUCAGGAAAUGCUUAUCAGGACAUCCUAACUCGGCAAGCAGAAAUGGCGAGGUCAGUACUACUAAACGUUAACUUUCUUUCACUACGAACUUUCAAUAUAGUCGCCAGCUGAUACUAGUGAAAGUAAUGACUUAAUGCAUACUUAACAACGAUCUUGUUAAAAUGUGCUUUUUAUUUAUUUAUUGUUUAACAGUUCUAAAAAUCAUAACCAGGCAAAACAGACAUUUUUAUAAAGAAGAGCAUCACCGCGAAACGUCGAGCUACUUCAACUUUCCCUCGCAAGAAAAUAGCGCAUCAAAAUCUAUUUUAUGUCAGUUUACGUUGUCUACGUAAGUUUCCUUAAAACCAUCAAAAUACACAGUCGAAACGCGCGGGUUUCACUCUAAACGCGAAGCCUGGCAGAGACUCUCAUAAUCUCCUUCGAGGAACAUGCUAUUCGAAUAGAGCAACUUAAGCUAAACUCAGAUGGGGCGAUGCAACGUGUUCACGACAUGUUCCCUGAAAAAUGUUUACAGUGGAGCUGUUAGAUCUUUGCUAGGUUUCAAACUGCGUCUGCAGCUUCGCCGAGAUGGGGGGGGGGGAGCUGAGAGAGGGAAAACAGCGUAUAAAAAUAGCAUCGUGGCAGCAUAGCAAUACGGCGAGGGUGGGUGGAGCCUAGCGAUGAAGACGGAGCGGCGCGCACGCGAGCGAGGUACGCGGCCCAGAUCAACACCCUCUAGAGGACUUGUCUAGGUGGUGUUGCCCAAAUGCGUGCCCUCUCCUGUGGCGCGCGAGGCAAGGGGCUUAGGCGAGGGAGGAGGGGCUUUCUUUUCCAGCGGCUCGUGGAGUGCCUCGAUGUCCUGCUCGCCCGCCGCUCCUUACAGAGUGGAGACAACCGCGGCGUCUGCUACGACGUUGGCCACGCGGAUGCCGUAGUAGACGCCUUUGGCGGACGCCGUAGGGACGCGUUGCCGGCGCUUGUGUGUCUUGUGUGCGGUUUGGCACUACAUUACUGGCCUUCCCCCAGCUCCACUGAUCUCUGGUGUUUGCGAUGGCAGAACCACGCAGAAUUGUUUUCUCUCCUUAAAGAAAGGGAUGGUAUAACAUGCCUUCCGCGGGCCAGGCUGUGCUUUCGCAGCAGUUGCUCCUUCUUACAACAUUUUGUUCUUCUUUCACGAAGUCACAUAAAUAGAAUUAAGAUGAGUAGCAGGGUGUACAGGGGGAGUAGCAGGGUGUACCAUCCUUUACCAUUUCCUCCGUUUACUCUGGCGCCUCUCUAGGUAGUGUAACCAUGCACUUUAACACACCUACCGGAAAGUUCGUCGUUGGACAAGCAAGCAUCGAUCCUCCCCUCAGCUUUUAUCUUCAAACCACUUUCGUCGUCCUUGUACUAUAUUCGCCUCCGUGGUUACGCUGUCCGUAAACCUACAUAUUAUUAGUGGACCGAUUUUGAGCGCAGUUUGUCACUUCAUUUCGUGGCCCCUGCUCCAUGGCUUUUUAUCUGGCUUGUACUAAAGUUUUCAAACCUCGUCAUUGCGUAGGAGAAGCGCAUAAUUUUAUUCUUCCUCUUGUCGUUCUGCUGCAUCAUGUAGUUCUUAUCGGUGGUUAUAAUUUUCAGCUCGCUUAUUCCAGCGGUUAUUAGGGGCCGUUUUUUGGCAUAAUGUGAUAGCGUUAGCUGUAAACUACUUUAAGCUCAUUCGCUUAUCAUAGCACAUCAGCCACAAUGCACAACAAAUUUUGUCUGAUAAUCAUCUCGCGAAGAGCAUUAUUUGUAUUGUGAAGCAACUGCCUUUUUCUUGUAACACGCCAAAAUCUUCAGCCCUUCUUAUACAAGGAAUACUUCCCGUUCUGGUCUUCAUUUUGGUGUUAUCGGAAUCCCGAUGGUGAGGGACUUGACGAACGAUCUCGUUCCGCGCGUCUGAUGUACCUGUAAUUGUACCUUGUGAAUAUAUACUCAUUUCUCUUCGCAUGAUAAAAUUGAACAGCUUAUUCACGCGGCAUUCAUUUGUGCGAAAAAAAAAAUACUGGUCAAGAAAAACAAAGAAGCCGCAACGACAACUGCGGCAGAGCCGGUCAUGUAGUACUCCAAUCGAAACACAGGUUCACGGUAUUAUUGAAGCUUGAAGUCAUUAACAGUGAAGGGAUAUCCUUGGAGCCAACAUUUCGACAAAGUUCCUUGUUUUUGUCUAGGUAAGAACUGCCUUGAUGGACCCAACUGCUGUGGUCGGAACGUUGUCUCCAGAGACUUCUCCUGUUGAACGAAUAUUUGUUAUAUAGCAUUUAAGGAUCGGUAUACGAGGAAAAAUACAGACUAGGAAUUUCCUAGGGCACUGUAACAGAAGUGUUCGGGCUAUUUGAGGCCCACAGGCCGUGCUUACACUUAUGCUUACGCUGUAGCCAGGGCUUGGAGACAUCAUUUGGCCUUUGUCAGGGAUAUUAGCUCGAUUUUCUAGUUUAUUCCGUAGCCUGUACGCUAGCACAAGCGCUCCUCUAACAUUGUUUCUUGCUAGGAAGGGCUAUUUUCGUAUGCUUAUCAGUACGCAGCAAAAAUGCGCAUGAAAGAGUUGACGCAUGGAGGAAAUGGCAGCCUAUUACAUAAAUCAAAGCAAAUAGGGCAAAAUUAGCUUUCCGCGAUGCUCAUUCUUGCAAAACGUGUGCGACUUCAAUUGUACGAUUCCUGUCAGCCGAACUGUUACUUACUUUAGUGGUGUGAUUUGUUAACCGUUUCGACAUCCAGCUUUCGUAAAUCAAAGCAAGUGAACAGAGCAAGUAGUGUUCCCUUGCUUAUGCUGACAUAAAGUUUGUCUUGCAUAUAGCUGUUCUCUGCUUGUUUCAGCACAAUGAUGUGCGUUUCGUUAAAAAGAAAAAAAAAAACAGAUUUGUGACAUCAUUCGCGUGUGCGCCCACAAACGCAAACGUUGUCCACACCCCUCCUCUUUUUUCUUUCCUCACGAGCAAGCACUAGUUGUCUCGAUUGCUUCUCAGACAUGUUACAAAGGCUCCGAUGUAUGUUACCAGAAAGUCUCACACAGCAACACAUACCCUGCUACGCACAGCGGACUGCCCCGCAUAUGGUGUUUAUUGACUGGCCCGUCGCCCACCAAAAAGAUGUGGUGAUUGCCUGUGUCAUAAUCCAUUUUCGCUUCGGCUUCGAAUUGUACAUACUUGAAAUGCUCAAGAAGAGUUGUUACUUAACAUGAAAUCUUCAUUUUUGUCUUCUUGUUACAAAAGUGUUUCGUACCAUAUGGAAAUAUUGAAAAAAAAAAAUCCCGUGAGUGUGUUCAUCCUCCAUAGUCGCCCAAAGAAACAUCUUGAAAUUGCGAAGAUUUGUUCCGGAACUGCGUAUUCUCCGACGUCUUUGAAGCCGUGCUUACAAACCAAGACUGACCGGUCUACGCAACGGCCGAUGGAUGACAGCACACGUCUCCAACUGAAGUGACUAUUCACGCGUGCCUUUUGCUAUCAACGGUGUGAGAAACUGUGGGGCGGUUUCAUUUAGUGGUGAAUGGGAGUUACCGAAGAGUGAGAACUGAUCGAAUGUGGCAGAGACAUUAAGAAAAACAAGUAGCACGAGUAAUAUUUGAGUGUAAAAUGUUGUUUCUUGAGUGUAUGAAUGCUAAUGCGUGAAUGUGUUGAAGAGUGUAGACUCGCACCCGAAGCAGGGUACGAACGAGAGAGAUUAAAAGAUAUCUUCUCAAAAUAUAUGUGAAUGUUUACAAGAGCUAUACUAAUUUUGGUUUUCAUUUCCUUAAAAUAAAUAAAGUUUUUAAACAGUC